GAACUCAGAGGCCCGUGAGCGGCUGGCAGCAGGUUUCGCUCUGAUCUCUCGGAAAAUGACGGCGCCUCGCGCGCCACGCAGCGCACCUCCGGGCCUCUCCGAGAGUCCCUCGUCUUCUCGAUGCUUCGUUGGGAUCGUUUCGAUGGCUCUAGUGCUCCUGCUACCCAUAUCCUCAGAUGCUUGUGGUGAUCCACCGAAAUUCAAUUCUAUGAGGAACACAGGUGCCCUUAAAGACAGCUACAAUCCAGGGGACAAAGUAGAUUAUGAGUGUCGCCUAGGAUAUCAGUGUAUUGUUCCUUUUCGUCCCACCAGUACUGUUUGUCAGCCUGAUAACACUUGGGCACCACCUCUCCAGGAGGCUUGUACAAGAAAAUCAUGUCCACAUCCAGUGGAACCCACAAAUGGCCAAGUAAACAGCGUAAAUGGAUCUUUUGUGUUCGGUUCACAGGUCCACUAUUCUUGUAAUGAGGGUUUUGACUUAAUUGGACAAAAAAUUCUAUAUUGUGAAAUUUCUGCUGAAACCAAUGAUGUGGACUGGAGUCAUGAUCCCCCACUAUGUGAAAAGAUUUUGUGUGCACCACCCCCCAAAAUACCAAAUGGAAAAUACACCAAUAGUGACAAGGACUUCUUUGUCUAUAAUGAAGUAGUAACUUAUAGUUGUGAUCGUUCAAGUGGACCAGAUGAAUAUUCACUUGUUGGAGAGAGCACUCUUAUUUGUUCUGGGAGAGAUGUCUGGAGCAGUGCCCCUCCUCAGUGUAAAGUUGUCAAAUGUGAAUCUCCAAAUAUUCAAAAUGGAAAACUGGAAUCAGGAUUUUCAAGAAAAUAUUACUACAAAGCGACUAUUGUAUUUUCAUGUGACGAGGGAUAUUAUUAUAAAGGCACCAACGUAGUUACCUGUGGAGCUGAAAGUACUUGGGAGCCUGGGAAGCCAGAAUGCUUUAAAGGUUCCACGCCUACUCAUACAACCACUCCUCCAGUUUCAAGUCAUCCAGGACGUCCCGAUGAUGGAACACCACCUAAAGGAACUGAGAGUUUAGGUGGAGGCAUCAUUGCUGUGAUUGUUCUUAGUGUAGUUGUUGGCAUUGCAGUAAUUGCUGGUGGCCUCUACGCAUUUCUUCACAAGAGGAAAAGAGGGGAAACAGAGGUUAGUGCUGCGUAUAGCACUUACCAGAAUAAAUCAACCAAUCCGGCAUAGCAGACACACAAACUGGUGCAUCACUUUAUCAUUUGAUCUGUUAAAAUGUUAAGGCCUACUAAAUCCAUACAGCUGCCAUACUAGGAAACAGUAUGGAGAUUCCUUAA